UUAAUUUCAUCUUAUUUUUCUAUUUCUUUCGGUCUUUUAUUAUUUAAGGGUGUGGGGAUGGGUGUGUGAGUGUUGGAAAAUAUAAGGAGAACCCUCACCCACACUCACAUCCACCCACACCCACCCACACCCAAACCCACACCCAAACUCACACCGACACACCCACACACACCCUGAUUUUUCACUGCUGCCGAGUCCACUAAAAACCUAUCAAUCUUCUCCAGCAGUUUACCUGUUGAAAAGCAAAGUGAAAAAGUGAAAUGGAAAGGCGUAACAAAAUACAACAAUAUCGAGUUUACUCAAUAACUUUCUUCACAUCUCUCUACACGAACAACAAUCCUAUUACAACCGUCUCCUCUCGAAAUCGAAAUAGAAACCUGACGUGCUUUUAAUAUCGGAAAUGGCAAAAUAUUCCACUGGUCCGAUUUCAAAUCAACAGUUAAGAACAUAAUACCACUACAGUUCGAAGAUAAAGCUCAGCUUAUCGAUAACUCUUCGGAAUCCGAAGAAUUAUCGCCAGGUUCAUUUACUGAUUUAAAUUUGAAAAACUUACGUUUGUAAAAACCUAAAAAAAAGGUUUUUCAGUCAUUUUUUUAUUUUUUACUAAACAAAUUUUUGGUUAAGUUUAAUUUCUAUGAAAAGAAUUUUGUUUAAUUAUAGGCGAGUCAAGCGUUGACGAGUCUAGAGAUUUUGAUCCAGAAACAACCGAUGACUUUUCAGCAACAUGUCGUCCUUCCGGUUUCCUGUUCUGGGAUUGUCCUGUCGAAGGUUGUAUUCAGCAAUAUCGACGUUACUAUGAUCUUCAGUGCCAUCUCGAUAAAGGAAAACACAUUGUCAAAGGAGCCAAAACGCCUCUACUUGAUAAAGCUAAUUCUAUGUUUAAAAAUCUUCUUGAAAAUAAUGCUCAAAGAGUACCUAGUACUCUUCAAAAUUUCAAUAGUGUCCAAAAUAUUAAUCGUAUGUCAACCGUUGUUUUACCAAAAGGAUGA